GACGUUAGUAGCGACUAGCGAAGGCAUUGACAGUCCCCUAUUAAACUCCUUCUCACCUCCUUCUCUAACCAUUUUCCCUUCUCUUUCUUUUGCCUCAGUCGCCAUGUCUCUCCUCUCCGAUCUCAUCAAUCUCGACCUCACUAAUACCACCGAGAAGAUCAUCGCUGAAUACGUAUGGAUCGGAGGAUCGGGACUCGAUUUGAGGAGCAAAGCUAGGACUCUUCCGGGCCCGGUGACUGAUCCGGCGAAACUUCCAAAGUGGAACUAUGACGGUUCCAGUACGAAUCAAGCCCCCGGAGACGACAGCGAAGUCAUCAUAUAUCCUCAGGCGGUUUUCAAGGAUCCCUUCAGAAGAGGAAAUAACAUCCUGGUGAUGUGUGAUGCUUAUACACCAGCUGGCGAGCCGAUUCCCACCAACAAGAGAUUCAACGCCGCCAAGAUUUUUAGCAACCCUGACGUCGUUGCCGAGGAACCCUGGUAUGGAAUUGAACAGGAAUACACUCUCCUCCAAAAGGAUAUUCACUGGCCCCUCGGUUGGCCUACCGGUGGCUUCCCUGGCCCACAGGGUCCUUACUACUGUGGUACCGGAGCAGAUAAGGCCUUCGGUCGAGAUAUUGUGGACUCUCACUAUAAGGCCUGCCUUUACGCCGGAAUCAACAUUAGUGGAAUCAAUGGUGAAGUCAUGCCCGGACAGUGGGAAUACCAAGUCGGUCCUACCGUUGGUAUUGCUUCUGGUGAUCAACUAUGGAUGUCCCGAUACAUCCUCGAGAGGAUCACGGAAAUCGCUGGUGUCGUUGUCACCUUCGACCCAAAGCCAAUUCAGGGCGAUUGGAAUGGCGCUGGUGCGCACACCAAUUACAGUACCAAAUCAAUGAGAAACGAUGGUGGUAUUAACGUGAUCAAGAAGGCCAUCGAAAAGUUGAGCUUGCGCCACAAAGAGCAUAUUGCUGCCUAUGGAGAAGGCAACGAGAGGAGGUUGACUGGCCGCCACGAGACUGCCGAUAUCAAUACCUUCUCUUGGGGAGUUGCAAACAGAGGAGCCUCCGUUCGUGUUGGCCGUGACACUGAAAAGGCCGGCAAAGGCUACUUCGAGGAUCGAAGGCCAGCUUCAAACAUGGAUCCUUACGUUGUCACUUCCAUGAUCGCCGAAACAACCAUUCUGGGGAAGCCUUAAACAGUCUCAGUUGGCCGGCGUUGUGUUCGCGGGCGCGGCUGCUGCAGUAGCCGCCAGCCUCUCCGUUUGAUGCUUUUGAUUGGUUAAGGAUGGAUGACAUUUGAUUUGGUGCCUUAAACUUGGUUUCUAUUUGUUGUUUCUGCCUUGUGUUUGUGCUCCGGGUAUAUUUUUAUUGUUGCUUGUCCAAACCACUAAAGCAAACUAGGUUCUAGUCUCCCUUUAUUAUGUUCUAUAUAAUAAUAAUAAUAAUCAAUCUUAAAAUAAAAUCAUUUCUUUUAUUGCUUC